CCCGCUCGAUUGCUCCUGUCUGGCGGCGGCAGCAUGGCGGCGGGGGCGGCUGAGGCGGCGGCGGCUGUGGCGGAGGUCGGCUCAGCCCAGCAGUUUGAGGAGCUGCUGCGCCUCAGAGCCAAGUCCCUCCUUGUGGUCCAUUUUUGGGCGCCGUGGGCUCCACAAUGUGCUCAGAUGAACGAUAUGAUGGCAGAAUUAGCCAAAGAACAGCCUCAAGUUUCGUUUGUGAAGUUGGAAGCUGAAGCCGUUCCUGAAGUAUCUGAAAAAUAUGAAAUUAGUUCUGUUCCCACCUUUCUGUUUUUCAAGAAUUCUCAGAAAAUUGACCGAUUAGAUGGUGCACAUGCCCCAGAGUUGACCAAAAAAGUUCAGCGCCAUGCGUCUAGCGGCUCCUUCCCACCCAGUGGUAACGAGCAUCCUAAAGAAGAUCUCAACCUUCGCCUGAAGAAAUUAACUCACGCCGCCCCUUGCAUGUUGUUUAUGAAAGGAACUCCUCAGGAGCCGCGCUGCGGUUUCAGCAAGCAGAUGGUGGAAAUCCUUAACAAACAUAAUAUUCAGUUUAGCAGUUUUGAUAUCUUCUCAGAUGAAGAAGUUCGUCAGGGCCUCAAAACCUAUUCCAACUGGCCCACCUAUCCCCAGCUCUAUGUUUCUGGAGAGCUCAUAGGAGGACUUGAUAUAAUCUCGGAGGAAGCGAAGGUGCAACUGUCUUCAGUCAUCUGGGUUCAUCGAAUCUGGGUUUAUCCAACACCCUCCGCCUCCGCCAUGCUGCCUGAGUUCAACCCCAACAAGAUCAAAGUCAUAUACCCGAGGUGUACCGGUGGGGAAGUUGGUGCCAUGUCUGCCUUGGCCCCAAAGAUGGGCGGACUGGGUCUGUCCCCAAAAAAGUUUGAUGAUGACAUUGCCAAGGUAACCAGUGAUGGGAAGAGUCUGAGGAUGACAGUGAAACUGACCAUUCAGAACAGACAGGCUCAGAUUGAAGUGGUACCUUUUGCCUCUGCCCUGAUUAUCAAAGCCUUCAAGGAACCACCAAGAGACAGAAAGAAGCAGAAAAACAUUAAGCACAGUGGAAAUAUCACUUUUGAUGAGAUUGUCAACAUUGCCUGA